UAGACUGUAUUCCUUGUUUGCUGUAGGUUAGAUACCGUGCAUAAGUGUUGUAAAAAUGGCGGAAAUGGGUAAACCGAGCACUGACGAAGUAAUUAUGUGUUGUAAGUGUUCACAAGUUUUGAGGAGUAACGAUGUUGCAGAGCCUAGAUAUCUGGACUGUCUGCAUGCGUUCUGUUGUAGAUGUAUGUGGGAUAUUUUAGAAUUGCAUCAACCAAACACAUGUCCAGUUUGCCCGCUGUGUCAAGCAUCCUCACCACAGACGAAGAUAAACGACAUCCCAACUGUCUUCUUUCUCAGAAACAAAGAAAAAUGUGAGUCUAUGUCAAAUAAAAUAAAGGAAGAACAAAUUAAAGGUAACUUCAAUUGCCAACGGUGUACCGAGGGUAAUGCUGCGACCCAUUGGUGCCUAUUAUUUAAUGAACCCCUCUUAGUUUGCAAGGAAUGCGCUUCUCUGGCACUUCACCCUGAUUUAGUGGAACAUCCCCAUUCACUCUCAGAGACACCAGCGUGGAAACAUUUAUCAGAGAAUAUAUAUUGUCCAAUUCACAAUAAAGUUUCCGAUAUAUUUUGCCAAGACUGUCAGACGUCAAUAUGUGAAUCAUGUAAUCACCGUAAUCAUCAAGUUCAAAAUUUACACGAAGAAGCAUGCAUGUUUCGUGAAAAAAUCGUAUCCAAAAUUAAAGACUCCGAGGAGAUUGUGAAUACAUUAACGCGAAGGUUGGUGUUUAUAGAGCAGGAGGAAGCUUCGCUGAAGGCAUCUUCUGAACUUGCCGCGCAACAAAUGGCUGCGUUCUUCGAUGAGCUUCGAAGAUGUAUAGGACUACAAGAAAAACAUUUACAAGAGCAGCUUGUAAACACUGUUGGUAGAAAAACUGAAUCGAUGAAAGGUGACUCGAGUAAAACUCAGCGUCAGUUAAAUGACUUUAAACAUCUUUCUUCAUUUUUAUCUGCCGCAAAUAGAUAUGGGACAGAUUGUGACAUCAUGACAGCCGGUGAAGUAAUCAACAGAAAUUUAUCUAACAUUAUACCAAUGGCUGUACACGAGGAGCCUGAAAUAAAUGGAUUUAUAGCUUUUAAACCGGGGAUGCUUAUUCCAUUGCGAUUAUCCAAACCAUUUGGAAAACGAUUCCAAGACGUCAUUUCUCACAUUCCAACCAUGACUAAGCAAGUGGGGAGUGUCAGAGAAACGCCAGUGUCAUCUAGGCACUCUACGUUUGAAAUUAUACAAACAGAUUCAGGAAUUGAAAUAAAAAUCAGUGCUUUUAAGGGAGAUGGACAGUGUUAUUGUCGGGGUGGCGAUCCAUUUGUUGUUGAAAUCAGAAAACCAGGAGGCGAAGUUGCACGACCACGCUUGUUCGAUAACGACAGUGGAGAAUACACAUCAAAGUAUGUCCCAAACUUGUCGGGAAAACAUUAUGUUGACGUCCAUCUGUUUGGACGACCAAUAAAGGGUUCACCAUAUAUAUUUGAUAUAUCUGAAGACGCUCUUCCAGCCCAUGGCGCUUCAUCACUUGACAUAGAAUCAUACGAUAACUCGUGUUCACAUGAAAGUAGGCAUGACAGCCUUUUGUCAGACACAUAUGAUACACCACACCUUGUUUCUAGUACCAUUCGUCCUGAAAGUGGUGGCUAUGUUAAAAUGGACAAAGCCAGACUGUCAAUUCAAACAGCACAGGGAAGGAACGAAGAUAUAAAUGCCUAUUUGGAAAUUCGUCGUAGAAGUAGUAGACGAGGCUCGUACGUUCUACAAAAGAUUGAUGAAUUUGGCCUACAAUUUGACGAAGAUAGUGCGGAUGCCGUGACCAGAUUAAAAGCCCUACAUGAAAUAUACGAACCUGUGAUCGAGGAAAAACCACAACCGAAAAGAUGGUUUCGUAUAUUGAAACAUUGGUAGUAACAUCACAAAAGCUUAACAAGUUUUAUAAACUAAAUAUUUUAUGUCUAGGAUUUAUAGAACAAUAUAUUUUGAUAAUAUACCUAUUUCACAUUACAAAAAAAUAUAUAUACUUGAUUACUAUUUAAGAAUAGAUUGCUAGAUAAGGAAAGUACUCAAACACUUAACCUAAAGUAGAAAAUAUUUUUUCUGAUCUUGUUUAAUGGACCAAUUAAUAUAUAAUGUAUCUAUCUUUAGAGCAUCACACUUUCAUCGGCUUCGCGCUACCUGAAACUGAAGAUAAGCUCCAGCCCUUUGGCUCGGCAAGGAUUUGCUUUUUAUCUAUUCUUUUAUUUAAUUAUUGUAUACAACGGUUGGCCCAUGAUCGGGAGCAUUUUACGUUUGUAUCUUUCCAGCCACUCAUGGGUAUAAAUACUCCCAGCAUCAUACUGAGUCAACAAUAUAAUCAGUGGUGGCUCCAGAAAUCUACCGACAGGGGGUUCAACAAGUCCGACAUGCAUGUCCAAGGAACAAAAUUGCACCUGACUCACAAUAGCGCCGUCACUGAGUAUAAUGCUAUAAAAUGAUUCAAAUAAUAAUUGUAAUGUUUGAUUUACCUACUCUUUAAGACUUAUGGUAACCCGGUUCGAGGAAAUUUGAACGAGAAAACAGCUUACAGAUAGAUACAGUAUAUAAUACAGUUCAUAUAUUUUUUAGUAAAUUAAAUUUCAUUAAUCCAUUAGUUAUUACUUUUAUAACUCAAUGUUAUGAAUUGCAUUUUGG